UGAUGGGUCGGAGUCUGUAGAGGAAAGAUUGCGCGACCAAAGUGAGAGGGAGGAUUUAGAGAGAAAUAUAAGACAACAUUAUGCUGCUGCAACUAAGAAGUUGAUGGAGCCAAAGCUUUCUCGAAAGGACGAAGAGGAGGCCUUACGAAGAUCUAGAGCCUUGGAGCGAGAUGACAUUAAUAGUUUGAGGAAAGCUUCAAGGCAACAGUAUUUGAAAAAGAGGGAGCAAAAGAAACUCGAGGAGCUCAGGGACGGUAUAGAAGAUGAGAAGUACCUUUUUGAAGGUGUAAAGCUCACCAAAGCAGAAUAUGGUGAGUUAAGGUACAAGAAGGAAGUAUAUGAGCUUGUGAAGAAGCGGACAGAAGAGGAUGAUAAUAUUGGGGAGUACAAAAUGCCAGAAGCUUAUGGUCAAGAUGGGGUUGUUGACCAGGAGAAGAGACUUUCUGCGGCCCUUCAGUGUUGCAGAGACCCUACUGCUGGGGACAAAAUGAAUCCAUUUACAGAGCAAGAGGCAUGGGAAGACCAUCAAAUUGGCAAGGCCACAUUGAGAUUUGGCUCAAGAAAUAAAAAACAAAUGAAUGAUGACUACCAGUUUGUGUUUGAGGACCAGAUUGAGUUUAUUAAGACGUCGAUGAUGGAUGACGAGUUUGAUAAUAAGAUAUCACUUGACCCACCCGAGAAAUCCAAGGCAAAAUCUGAAUUGGAGAAACUACAAGAGGAACGGAAAGAUUUGCCAAUUUAUCCAUAUCGAGAUGAUCUACUUAAAGUUGUUGAGGAAAACCAGGUUGUUGUUAUCGUAGGAGACACUGGAUCAGGGAAGACCACACAGAUACCACAAUAUCUUAACGAAGCUGGUUACACAAAACGUGGGAAGGUUGGUUGUACACAGCCUCGACGUGUUGCUGCUAUGAGUGUUGCUGCUCGAGUUUGUCAAGAAAUGGGUGUCAGACUUGGCAGUGAGGUGGGCUAUACUAUUCGUUUUGAAGAUUGCACUUCAAGAAAGACUCUAUUGAAAUAUAUGACAGAUGGUGCAUUGUUGCGAGAAUUGCUUGUUGAACCUGAUCUUGCUAGCUACAGUGUGAUAAUGGUGGAUGAAGCUCAUGAAAGAACUGUUUCAACUGAUAUUCUUUUCGGAUUUGUGAAGGAUAUUGCACGAUCUAGAAAAGAUAUCAAAUUACUUAUCUCAAGUGCAACGCUUGAUGCGGAGAAGUUCAGUGAUUUUUUUGAUUCUGCUCCAAUUUUCAGAAUUCCUGGGAGAAUGUACCCUGUUGAGAUACACUACACAAAAGCACCACAAGCCGAUUACGUGGAUGCUGCAAUUGUUACUGCACUUCAAAUCCAUGUGACUCGGCCACCGGGAGAUAUUUUGGUUUUUCUCACUGGUCAAGAAGAAAUUGAGACAACAGAAGAAAUUUUGAAGCAUAGGGUAAGAGGCUUUGGGACAAAAGUUGCGGACCUUAUUAUUUGCCCAAUAUUUGCGAAUCUUCCUACUGAGCUUCAAUCCAAAAUAUUUAAACCCACUCCUGCUGGUGCACGCAAGAUAGUCCUAGCAACAAAUAUUGCUGAAGCAUCAUUAACCAUCGAUGGCAUUAAGUAUGUCAUUGAUCCAGGUUUCUGCAAGAUGAAAUCUUAUAAUCCGAGGACUGGGAUGGAGUCUUUGAUAGUAACUCCUAUCUCUAAAGCUUCAGCUAAGCAACGUGCAGGUCGGUCUGGGCGAACAAGUCCAGGUAAGUGUUUUCGAUUGUACACUGAAUUCAAUUAUACAAAUCUUGAUGACAAUACCAUGCCGGAGAUACUAUGGACUAACCUUGCCAGUGUUGUUCUCUCUUUGAAGAGUCUUGGAGUUCAUGAUUUGCAUAAUUUUGAUUUUAUGGAUUCACCAACAGUUCAGGCUCUAAUAAAAGCAGCUGACCUUCUGUCUGCAUUGCAUGCAUUAAAUAAAGUUGCAGAGCUGACUUUAGUUGGUAGACGAAUGGCAGAGUUCCCUCUUGAUCCAAUGCUAUCCAAAAUGAUAGUUGCUUCCGAUAAGUAUAAGUGUUCAGAUGAUGUUGUUUCCAUUGCUGCUAUGCUCUCUGUAGGCAAUUCUAUCUUUUACCGUCCAAAGGACAAGCAAGUUCAUGCUGAUAAUGCAAGGAAGAAUUUUCAUACUGGCAAUGUGGGUGAUCUUAUUGCUUUAAUGAAUUUUUACAAUGCAUGGAGGGAAACAAAUUACUCAACACAGUGGUGUUAUGAAAAUUAUAUUCAAGCCAGGAGCAUGAAACGUGCGAGAGACAUCAGGGAUCAAUUAGAGGGUAUUCUGGAGAGAGUUGGAAUUGAACUAACCUGCGGUGCUAAUGAUUUAGAGGCUAUAAAGAAAUGCAUUACAGCUGGAUUUUUCCCUAAUUCGGCUAGGUUGCAUAAAUUUGGUUCUUAUCGGACUAUAAAGUGUCGACAAACUGCCUAUAUACAUCCAAGCUCAGGCUUGGCAGAGGAGCUCCCGAGAUGGGUGGUAUACCAUGAACUGGUUCUUACCACCAAGGAAUAUAUGAGAAAUGUAACUGAGCUGAAACCGGAAUGGUUGGUCGAAAUAUCCCCACAUUACUACCAGAUGAAGGACUUUAAAGAUGCAGCAUCAAAGAAAAUGCCGAAGGGCCAAAGGGACGGUGUUAUUCCAUCUGGACUUCUCGUCGUUAACUUUGAAGCAUGCAACAAUCUUAGGAUGAAUAUUUUCAAGCGCAAUCAAAACUUCCUCGACUGUUACAAACUUAGGUGCUGAAGCAAUUAGUGAGUUAACCAUCUUUAUCAGGGAUGGUUAAAUUGGAAGACUUGCAGAGAAUACUGAGCUGUAUUGGGCUAGCAGGGAUGUACCUUAUUACUUGCAGAAUGCUUCUUACCGUUUUGUUAUUAAGCAUUAGAUCAUUUUGAGCUCUAACACGGUUGUUGUGGUUGUAUCUGUUGCAGAGAUAGUUGGUGAUCCAGAUGGGAGUGAUGCAAUUUUCCCCCCUUUAUUAUAUUUAAUAGUAUCUGGUAAUAUUGAUACCAUAGCCGUUGGGUUCGUAGUGUCGUCUCUUCUGGGCUGUUUACUUCUGUGGAUGUUUGAAUUUGCUUUUGCUUGCAGGUAUUUUGGGGAUAUAGGGAGUUGUUGGUAUAUGUCUGUAGCCAACUAUUUUUUCUUCCUCCAUCCCGAGUCGAUUAUGACUUUAAAUGAUUGUUUUACGUUUCCUUGUGAAGUAUUUUCGAAUGGAUAUAUCGGUGUAAGUGUAGUGAUUGUGCUUAUGAUCCUAUACUUAAAACCUGCUACUUUUUGGGGUGAGAGCAAUACGAUGUGCAGUUUCAUUGAAAUAUCAGUUUCUUGAUAUUGGCAGCUCUCAAAGUUAUAUGGCAAACUUUCUUAUUGUUUCAAGGUUCAACCAUCCUCCCUAAACUAUGUCUGCACAUACAUACAUGAGUAUCCAUCUCGAACUAAUCAUAAUGAAGCAAAAUGAUAUUCUUUCGAUUUCUCUCAGGUCCUCUUGCCAUGGUGAAUGCUGAAUGUGCCAAGUUAUAUGCUUGCUAAGAUAGCUCUGGAGUCUGGAGCUAUUUUUUGCAUCUCGAUAAGUUUUGAUAGCGGAGUACGAUUCUGCCAUGGUGAUUUCUUAAUGGUCGGAUGUAGCAGUUAUGCUGUGAUUAAUUUCCUGGUUAAGGAUUUAGGAAGGUCGUUUUUCUCAUAUUUUUAUGAGAUUUUUUAUUGUGAUUGCAUACUCCUUGAUUAAAGCUGAAGAGUUUUGGUUUUGUCUGUUUAAGGCCAGGCCCGGAAGGUUUACUUGUGUUCGGCUAAGGCUAAUCUCGAUGUUUUUGAAAUGAAACAGGCAGGGAUUGACUGAACGGGGUCCUGCUCUCUAUAAAUUUUAAAUUUCUUUAUAUUUAGGUAUUUUAAACUUGACCUUAAGAUAUUAGAGUUAAUGAUGUAUAAGAUAAUAACAAUGUGUGCAUUUCUACAAAAAAAAAAACAAG